AAAUAAUCCAAAAUAAAAAGAUUAAUAUAUAAUUAGUGGGCAAUAAAUCGAUAAUCAUCAAGAGGUUGGUGACUCUGGUGUGGUGAAGACAAUAACCUUCAAACCAAUUCCUCAAAACGCCUAAAGCAUCUUCUUCCAUCAAAACCAAGCUUCAGAUCCAAAGCGUUCAAAUUCAGAUCUGUUUCGUUCUCUCUCUCUCAAUCAAUCAUCCCCAGGUGAAGUUCUAGUCUUCAGUUCAAUCCAAGCCUAACUAUAGAGUAGCUAUCUAAGAGCUUUGGAGCUGGUUCUUCUUUUGGACUGAAAUAAAGAUUACCUGUUUUUGUAUACUGAGUAUUGGUUGGUCCGCACGUGAUGAUUCAAUUAUAGAAGCAGGUCCUGUGCCUGAUCAGUGGUCAAUGUACUAGCUGUGUUAUGCACUGAAGUGUACUUAUGUUGUUGGAUUUGGUGACAAGUGAUGAUAUUAAACAUAAGUUGGAUGGAAGAGUAUAUACAUGGAUAUAGCUUGAUAUACAAUAGGAGAUGGUACAGAGUGAAUUGGAUUCAGAGAAUAUUGAUUUCACAGUGAUUGAUGAUGUUGGUAGUGAAAGCCUAGGUCCUGGCAUUCGUAGAGAACUUUCAUUUUCACGUUGGUGUGAUGAUGAUGGAAGGAUUCAUUUAGAUCAGCAAUUAGGUAAUGAAGAUGUUAGUGUAGAAGACGACUCUGAUUUUGAGUUACCGUUUCCUGAAAAGAAUGAGCCGCAGGGCAGAUCUUUAGAUAGAGAGAGAUUCUUUCACCAAAAGUUUCAGCAUAGGAGUAUGCAAAUGAAUGGUAUUGGUACCAUGGAUGAUGAUUCUGUUCAUCGGAGAGGUAAUGGAUCUGAAAAGUAUGUGUCUUUUGACAUUGAGGACAAGUCUGAAAGAGGAACGAACAGUCUUGAUUCCUACAUUUCUGUGGGUGGUGAUGGGUCAUUGGGAAAAAUCUCCCAGAAUCCUAUUCAUGCAGCAAAUAUAUUGAAGACAUUGAUUUUGAUACUUAUGUGGUACACUUCCAGUCUAUUUUUGACCCUGUAUAAUAAAAGUCUAUUGGGAGAUCAUAUGGGAAAGUUCCCAGCUCCCUUUUUAAUGAAUACUAUCCACUUUACAAUGCAAGCUGUUUUAUCAAAAUUUAUCACCUGGUUUUGGUCUCACAAGUUUGAGGCUAAUGUUGUCAUUUCAUGGAGGGAUUACUUUUUGAGAGUUGUACCAACUGCUUUUGGAACUGCAAUGGAUGUUAACUUGAGCAAUGUAUCUCUAGUUUUCAUCUCUGUCACAUUUGCUACAAUGUGUAAAUCUGCUGCUCCAAUUUUUCUCCUUCUGUUUGCUUUUGCUUUCAGGUUGGAGACACCAAGUGUUAAACUAUUAGGCAUCAUCUUAAUCAUCUCUGUUGGCAUAUUAUUAACAGUUGCAAAAGAGACAGAGUUUGACUUUUGGGGAUUUGUACUUGUUAUGCUUGCUGCUGUUAUGUCUGGGUUUCGUUGGUGUAUGACUCAGAUCCUUUUGCAGAAAGAAGCCUAUGGUCUGAAAAAUCCACUUGUCCUGAUGAGUUAUGUAACUCCAGUAAUGGCAGCAGCAACUGCCCUUCUUUCUCUUGCAUUAGAUCCAUGGGAUGAAUUCCGAGAAAACAAGUACUUUGAUAAUUCAUUGCAUAUUACUCGAAGUUGCUUGCUGAUGCUUCUUGGUGGCACACUUGCCUUUUUUAUGGUACUAACAGAGUAUGUUCUGGUCUCAGUAACUAGUGCUGUCACAGUCACAAUAGCUGGGGUCGUUAAGGAGGCUGUCACCAUAUUGGUUGCAGUAUUGUACUUUCAUGAUCAAUUCACUUGGUUGAAAGGAUGUGGCCUAUUAACUAUUAUGGUUGGUGUCAGUUUGUUUAAUUGGUACAAAUACCUUAAGCUUCAGAAGGGACAUGCUGGUGGCAGUGAUGUGGAAGAGCAUUCAAGAGAUUCUGCAGCUAAAUAUGUAAUUCUUGAGGAGAUGGAUGAACAAGAAGAUGGCAUCUGAAACCAUUAUGCACCAAAUAGUUCAAAGCCAAAAUGCUGCAUUGUUGUCCUUAAUUGGAUUACAAUUCUCAGUUAAUUCACUGAAGCCUGCUUUCUUGAAUUAUAUGCAUAUUGAAGCAAUGAUCUCUAAAGACCUCUGGGAACAAAAUAAUCUUCCAGCAACAUGCAGUUGGCCUUCGCCAUCUCAUCUUUUUGAGAAACACCUGUUUAUGUACCCUGUUGGAAUUGUGGUGUCAAAGUUCUUUUGAAGUUUCUUAGAGUGAACAAAUUUUUGAGAUAUAAUGCACUCCUGCGAUCAACAUCACUUAUAUUCUGUAAAAUUAUGUACUCAAACAGUUAAGAGAUUUUGGCAUUUUUUGGAGUUGACAAGUAUAUGUUGCAGAUCACUACAGGUUGUAAUAGAUAAUUUUUUCUCAUUUUUGCUUUUCUUUAUCAUA